AUGUCCGACAUCUCCGAUGACUAUGUCAACAUCUCGCCUACCACCGACCUCCAUCUGAGUGUCUACAUGGAAAAGCUAGCUCACCGCCGCCGUCUGGGAAGCUCCUCAAGUGAGGGCUCAUCCAGCGGCGGACCGUCCGAGGAAGAAAGCAACAACAACACCACCACCACCACGGUGGUCAGUGGCUCGCCCACUCAUGUCUAUCCCGAGCAUACUCCAGACUGGAGCAACCUGAAGGUCCUCCAUCGCAACACCCUGCCCCCACGGAGCUACUUCUUUCUGUACAACAAUGAGGAGGACGCCCUGACCAGGGACACCACCAAGUCCAAGUCCAAGCUGCUCUCCGGAAAGUGGAAGUUCCACUUGACAACCUCGCCCUUUGCUGGGCCCCGGGACUUCUACAAGCCCGACUUUGACACCUCGGAAUGGGGCGACAUCGUCGUCCCCGGCAUGUGGCAGUGCCAGGGCUACGGAAAGGGCCCGCAGUACACCAACCUCAACUUCCCCUGGCCCGUGGACGCCCCCAACAUCCCGUACGAUGACAACGAGUGUGGCCGCCACGUGACCACCUUCCACGUCGACAAGGAUUUUGCCGAGGACAACCAGCUCAGACUACGCUUCGAGGGCGUCGACUCUGGCUUCACCGUCUGGGUCAACGGCCACGAGGUCGGCUACUCUCAGGGAGCCCGCAACCCCAGCGAGUGGGAUGUCACGGAUUUCAUCAAGGUCGACGCCGAGAACACGCUCGCGGUCGAGGUCUACCAGCGCUGUGACGGCACCUACCUCGAGGACCAGGACCAGUGGUGGCUGAGCGGCAUCUUCCGCGACGUCUACCUCCACGCCUUUCCCAAGUUCCAUCCAGAGGACUACCACGUCCACACGUUCCUCGACAAAGACUACAAGGAUGCCACCCUCCGCGUCGACAUCACCAUGAACCGGGGCGCCUACGUUGACAUGAAGCUCCUCGACGCCGACGGCAAGCUCAUCACCAAGGGCAUGGAGAUCUUCGACCGCACCAAUCGCUUCGAGGUGCGCGUCAAGAACCCCCACAAAUGGACAGCCGAGACACCUUACUUGUACACGCUCGUCCUCAACUUCCAAAAGUGCAGCUUGGUCCAGCGGGUUGGCUUCCGCCAGACCGAGCUCAUCAAGGGCGUCUUCUGCAUCAACGGAGAGCCCGUCAAGUUCCGCGGCGUCAACCGCCACGAGCACCACCCUGAUUCCGGGCGCGCGGUGCCUUAUGAUUUCCUCAAGCGUGACCUGCUUAUUAUGAAGCAUUUUAAUGUCAAUGGUAUUCGCACUUCCCACUACAUCAACGACCCCAGGCUCUACGACCUCGCUGAUGAACUUGGCAUCUGGAUCCUUGAUGAGGCUGAUCUCGAGUGCCACGGCUUUGGCGUUGUCGGCAUCGACGGCCACAAGUUUGCCUCCGAUAACCCAGAGUGGAGAGAGGCCUACGAGGACAGAGCCAGGCAGAUGGUCAUGCGUGACAAGAACCACGCAUCCGUCGUCCUGUGGUCCCUGGGCAACGAGUCCUUCUACGGGCAAAACCACCAGCACAUGUACGAUAUCAUCAAGAGCAUUGAUCAGUCUCGCCUCGUCCACUACGAGGGUGACGGUAGUGCUCAAACCGCAGACAUCUACAGCCGGAUGUACGCCUCCGUCGACGAUAUUGUCUACCAGGCGUCCGAGAAGGACUGGAGGAAGCCGCUGGUCUUGUGCGAGUACAUCCACGCCAUGGGCAACGGACCCGGCGGCGUCAAGGAGUACAUUGAUGCCUUCUACGAACACCCUCGCCUGAUGGGAGGUUUCGUGUGGGAAUGGGCCAAUCAUGGCCUCCGCACCAAAAACGAGGAUGGUGAGGAGUACAUGGGCUACGGAGGCGACUUCGGCGACGACCCCAACGACAAGAACUUCGUCUUCGACGGCCUCUGCUUCGCCAACCACACCCCAACCCCCGGCCUCCGCGAGUACGGUAAGGCCAUCGAGCCCGUCCAGACGCUCGGCAUCAAGGGCAACGAGGUCACCAUCGUCAACCGCUACGACUUCGUCGACCUCGACCACCUCACCGCGACCUGGCACAUCGUCGGCGACGGCCUCGUCAUCGGCAGCGACCAGGAGGUCGAGAUCCCCAAGGGCGUCCGGCCCCACACCAAGGCGCACCUCAAGAUCAAGGGCCUCCCCAAGGACCUCACCGCCGAGGCCUACCUCCACAUCGACUUCAUCCUCACCGAGGACACCAACUGGGCCAAGGCCGGCCACCGCGUCGCCUUCGGCCAGCUCCCACUCUCCAAGCCCCCGUCCAUGGCCCGCAUCCUCUCCACCCUCUUCCAGCCCUUCGUCGACCCCGUCCCGACCAUCCGCCAAACCGACCCCUCCACCCUCAGCAUCACCUCCUCCACGGGCCAGUCCACCUGGGGCCUCGACCUCACCCUCGGCACCCUCACCAGCUGGAAGAAGGCCUCCCGCCCGCACCUCGACCUCCUCACGGAGCCCUUCGUCAUGGACUUCUACCGCGCGCUGACCGACAACGACCGCGGCGGCCGCUUCGGCCAGAACUGGGCGGACCGCCGCCUCGACCAGACGCGCCACCACGUCAAGCGCGUCGAGUGGCGCAAGGAGAAGCACGGCCUCGUCGUCAACGUCCACUCCCGCAUCGCGCCCCCGGUCCUCGCUUGGGCCGUCGACACCUGGACCACCUUCACCUUCCACGGCGAGGCCGUCUACAUCAAGAUCAAGGGCAAGCCCAACGGGCCGCUCCUCCCGGACACCUUCGCCCGCAUCGGCCUCACGGGCGGCGUUAAGGGCGUCGAGACCGUUGCGUGGUGGGGCCGCGGGCCGGGCGAGAGCUACUCGGACAAGAAGCGCGCGCAGGCCUUCGGCAAUUGGGAGGAGACGGUCGACGACCUCUUUGUUGAUUACGAGUACCCCCAGGACGGCGGCAACAGGACGGAUGUCCGCUGGGUCGAGCUCCGCGGCCGUCUGCCUGACGAGAACGGCGUCGUGGACCAGAGCGCGCCGCGCGAGAAGCUGCUGCGUGCGCGGUUCGGCGAUCUGGACGGCGCGUCGUUCUCGGCGAUGCAUUACACCACCAAGGACCUGGAUGAGUGCGAGCAUCCGUACGAGCUGUACAAGCGUAAGAGGGAGGACACUGUUGUCAGGCUGGACUGGAAGCAUCACGGUCUGGGCACGGGUUCUUGUGGCCCGGCUACGCUGCCCGCGUACGAGCUCCACGCCAAGGAGUUCGACGUCGAGCUUGUGUUGGAUUAA